AUGUAUUUGAUAAUUAAAAUAAAACGGAAAAACAUUUUGGCUACUGGAGCACAUGGAGCGUCAACAAGAAGCAGUGACAUCGUGGAAACGACUGGAGAACCGAAAAAAUUGGAGAAUAAUGUUAUUGGACUCCAAAAAAUAGAAGAGAAUCAAGCAAACAAACAUUGGAUGAACAGAAUCACAAGAGCUCAAACCAAGGCUGCUUCAAGGAACCUUCGUUCCUCUACUGUUCAUCCAAAGCCGAACUAUCGUUCUCAAGCUCCCAAAGGAAAACGUCACUCCCAGGCGAGCACUUCAUUGAAAGUCUCUCGGAAAGCUUCUAAGACGACUCCUUCAAGAAAGACUGUCAGAAAGCAGGCUACUAAAGAGUCCUCAAGCUCCGACGAUGAAGAGGAAGUCCCGGUAGCACUCCCACCAGCGAAAACCACAAAGAGAACUGGAGGGAAAAGAAAGAGAGCGCCGACUUCAUCGUCUUCUGCUCAAAAAAAGAGGAAGAUUGAUACAGCGAUCCAACCAACCACAUCGGCACCCCCGGUUGUUAACAACCAAAACGCCGGAAUCUCUCAAGAGGAUCUUGAGGCGCUGGGAAUCGAUGAGGCCACCUUCGAAAUCAUCAACGCCUACAACGAGCCUCCAUUUGAUACAGUUGACUGCACAUGCGAUCAACCUGGUGGAAAUGGCAAACCCCAUUCAAGUGGUUGUCCUAAAAGGACUCCCGGGUAUCCGCCAUAUCUUGUGAACCUGCUCACAACGGUUUUUAACCACCAAAACCGUCCAAACCACACUUUAAGUGAGAAACUUGCAAAUCGCACUGGACUUACUGUACAAGUUUUGAAAAAAUGGUUUGUGAACAAACGUGAUAGAGUGAGAUACAGCAUGCAGAAGAAGCAAGGUCAAUCUGCAUCACAAUUGACAGUCGAGGAACCGGCACGAGCUCCACCUGUCCAAUUUCAUCGUUCCCGGCAAGGAACUCCGUAUCCAAAUUGGGAGCACGAAGACGAGGACCCAGAAAAUGCUGAUGAGCAGAUCGAGGAACCCGCACAAACUCCACCUCUCCAGUUUCAUCGUUCCAGACAAGGAACUCCGUAUCCGAAUUGGAUUGAGGAGGACGACCAAGUCCCAGAAUAUGCAGAUGAAGAGAUGGUUAUGGAUGAUGGCGCCGAGCAACAGUCUGAUUCAGAAGAAGAAGAACUUGCUUUGGAAGAAGCAAAUGAGUUUCCCCCUCCGCCACCAACCGAGGGCUCAUCCGGCCGUUCCGGAAACCGCAUCUCUCCUACCUUCCAUGAAGUCUUCAUCGAGGAACCAGGACAAUCGUCAUCUGGUCAUCUUCUCGGAUCUCGCCAAAGAACUCCGGAUUCAAAAGGAAUGGAGAAAAGUCCAGAACAUGAUGAUGAGCAGAUGAUUGUUGACAAAGAACCGAAUGCUCCCGAAUAUUCCUCAGAAGGACUUGCUUUGGAAGAUGCAAAUAAGCGUUCGCCUCUGCCACCAACCGAGGGCUCAUCCGGAGGUUCCGGAAACCACUUUUCUGAUCGCUCCCAUGAAGUCUCGAUCGAGGAACCAGUACAAUCUUCAUCUAGUCAUAUUCUCGGAUCGCGCCAAGGAACUCCAAUCUCAAAUGGGAUUCAGCAAGAAGAGCAAGGCCCAGAAUAUGAAGAUGAGCAGGUGGUUAUCAACGGCGCCAAGGAUCCGUAUGCUCCAGAAGAAGAAGAACUUGCUUUGGAAGAAGCAAAUGAGUUUCCCCCUCCGCCACCAACCAAAUGCUCAUCCGGAUAUUCCGGAAACCGCAUCUCUCCUACUUUCCAUGAAGUCUUCCUCGAGAAACUCGCACAAUCUUCAUCUAGUCAUCUUCUCCGAUCUCGCCAAGGAACUCAAAUCUCAAAUGGGAUGGAGCAUGAUGAAGAGCAAGGCUCAGAAUAUGCAGAUCAGCAGGUGGUUAUCAACGGCGCCAAGGAUCCGUAUGCUCCAGAAGAUAAAGCAUUUGCUUUGGAAGAAGCAAAUAAGCUUCCGCCACUGCCACCAACCGAAGGUUCAUCUGGAUAUUCCGGAAACCGCAUCUCUCCUACCUUCCAUGAAGUCUUCGUCCAGGAACCCGCACAAGGUCCACAGAAGGUUAUGGACAGCGCCGAGGAUACGUAUGCUGCAGAAUAUGCCGCAGAAGCAUUUGCUUUGGAAGAAGCAAUUGAGCUUCCGCCACUGCCACCAACCGAGGGCUCGUCCGGAUAUUCCGGAAACUGCAUUCUUCGUUCCUCGCAUGAAGUUUUUAACGAGGAACCCGCAGGAUCUUCAUCUGCGCAUCGUCUUGGUUCCCGUCGAGAAACUCCAGAUUCAAAUGAGAUGUAUAAUCAAAACCAUCCAGAAUAUGCAAAUAAACAGAUGGUGAUGAAUGGCACCGAAAAACCGUUUACUCCAGAUUAUGAAGGUCUUGCUGUGGAAGAAGCAUAUGAGCUUCCGCCUCCGCCACCAACCGAGGGUUCAUCCAGUUAUUCCGGAAACCGCAUUUCUGCUCGCUCCCAUGAAGUCUCCAUAACAGAACAAGAUAGUCGUCGAUAUAUCCCUGAACAUCCUGUUCCAUUGACCCUGGAAACGAUAGCCAACUCGAAAACAGAACGAAUCAAAUUUGGCAAAGUAUCAGUGUCUCGUGUUCAUGUCGUAGCAAUGGUUGAGUCGAUCGAAAUCAAGGAAAAUGAUUUGGCACUUUCAAUUACUGAUGCGAACAGACAAACUCGAGUGAUGGUUCAAAAGGUUAUCUCUGACUCUUUUCCACGUAAUCGAGCUGAAGAAAUUCUUGUUGGAGAUUUUGUACAAAUUCUCGGUAGAAUAAGGAUGAUGGAGAACGGAACAUCAUUUUUGAACGCUACCUCAUUGGACAUCGUCCCGAGAGCACAAUACAAUAUCCACGAGUCACUCUGCCAAAUCUCAAAAGUUUUUCAUGAAAAGAAUCUUCCAUUUCUUCCAACAGGAACUCGUACAAGCGUACCAAAGAAACUUGGGUUGGAGGAGAGAGCUGGGCAAUUGGAUCGUUUCCCGAUUCAAAUGCUGGAAGAAUCUUCGUCUGUAGAAAAUAAUAUGGGUAUUUGGCCAAAAGAGAUCGAAGAAUUGGCGGGUUGCAUGGAAGCCGAUGAUUCAGAAGAUUCAGAUGAGGAUGAAGAGGAGAGUGAAGAAGAGAGUGAAGAGGAAAGUGAAGACUCUUUCGAUGACGGAACAGAAUCUGUCGAUCUGGUCAACAAUGCAUCUGUUCAAGAAUCACUUAUGAAAAUUGAAGAUUCUAUCGAAGCAGGUCCAGACCAGUGA